GAGUAUGGUGUUGGUUGCAUCGGACACGGCUGCUAUUCACUUAAAUUGGGUAAUGGCUACAUUGUUAAACCACAAAGAUGCCAUGAAGAAAGUUCAAGAUGAGCUAGACACAAAUGUUGGCAGAAACAGAUGGGUAGAAGAGAGUGAUAUCAAGGAUUUGGUAUACUUCCAAGCUGUCGUUAAAGAAACACUGCGGUUAUAUCCACCAGCACCUUUGUUAGCACCUCAUGAAUCAGUAGAGGACUGCAUCGUACAAGGAUACCACAUUCCUAAAGGUACAAGAUUGUGGGUCAAUACUAUGAAGCUACAUCGAGAUCCUAAGAUUUGGUCGAAUCCUGAUACAUUUGAUCCAGAGAGAUUCUUGACUAGUCAAGCAGGGGUUGAUGUUCGCGGUCAUCAUUAUGAGUUCAUCCCGUUUGGUUCUGGAAGACGAUCUUGUCCAGGGAUCACCUAUGCAACUCAAGUGACACACCUUGCAAUAGCUCAUUUACUCCAAGGUUUCGAUUUUAGUACACCAUCAGAUGAGCCUUUGGAUAUGAAAGAAGGGCUAGGCAUGACCAUGCGCAAAGCAGAUCCGAUAGAAGUGUUUAUUACACCUCGCUUGCCUUCUGUGCUCUAUAAGUUCUAAGAUAAUGUUGUCGUCUUUUUUUUUUUUUUUUGUUAUGUAUGUACUUUGUGGAUUUUCUUUGUAAGUUGGCUAUUUAAAGCUCUCCUAUGCUUAAGAAAAAUAAUUGAAAGCAAUGUAACCUCUUUUCGCUGCCC